AUGGCGCAAACUAUCAAAGACUCCGGUCAUGAUGACAUGAUUCACGAUGCAGUCCUCGACUACUACGGCCGGCGGCUGGCGACCUGUUCUAGCGACAAGACAAUCAAGAUCUUCGAGGUGGACGGUGACCAGCAUCGGCUAACAGAAACAUUGAAAGGCCACGACGGAGCAGUGUGGUGCGUAAGCUGGGCACAUCCCAAGUUCGGCACUCUGCUCGCAUCCUCAUCCUAUGACGGCCGAGUACAUAUUUGGCGAGAAUCCCCAGGUCAGACACCUUCGCAAGCACCGACAUGGUCGCUCGUCUUCACCUCUACCAUCCAUACCGCCUCGGUCAAUAUGGUGGCAUGGGCGCCACCGGAGGCUGGUUGUGUCCUCGCCUGUGCCAGCUCAGAUGGUAAUGUUUCAGUACUCGAGUUCCGUGACAAUCAAUGGGGUCACACCAUAUUCCAAGCGCACGGCGUUGGCGUCAAUGCAGUCUCGUGGGCACCAAGCGGCGUUCCUGGAGCGACAAUGAGGAAAGACGGUGGAGCUGCUGCACAACAAGGCCCCGUCAGACGGUUUACGACAGGAGGUAGCGACAAUCAAGUCAAGCUCUGGGAGUACAGCAGCCAGACUCAGAACUACGAGAACGUUGGCACAUUACCAAACGGCCACUCGGAUUGGGUGAGAGACGUUGCAUGGAGUCCUACUCUCCUCACCAAGAGCUACAUCGCCAGUGCCAGCCAGGAUAAGACGGUACGAAUAUGGACAAGCGUCAACCCUGCUGAGCCUUCGACUUGGACUCUUGGCAAAACUCUUCAGUUCGAUGCGGUGCUCUGGAGGGUUAGCUGGAGUUUGAGUGGAAAUAUCCUGGCGGUGUCUGGUGGCGACAACAAGGUGACAUUAUGGAAAGAAGACCUGAAGGGCGAAUGGGCGCAGGUCAAGGAAAUCACAGAAUAA